CUCGUUCCUAAAAAAUAAUGUGUGUUUCCACAAGCUGCCACGUAUUUCUAGUUUCGAUUUCUUUGUUAGGCUGUAAAUACGCCACACAUAAAGUGAUAGAUAUAUUGGAAGGAAGUCGAAAUUAAUGAAUAUUCAAAAGCCUCAUUUGAAAAGAAAAAAAUAACGAUUAAACACAAUGACAAUGUAUCUAAAUAGAAUGUGGACAGUUUAUUACGAAGUAUAACCUCUUUCCGCAAUGGUUUACUACAAGGAACUUCUUAAACACAAGGAGAGCCAAAAUUGGUUCAAGGCAUCCGUUGCUUUGCGAAUAGCACAACGUGGACUUCAGGUUUUCAUCGACAAUGGCCUUAGAGACGUUCAAAAGAAGAUAUUCAGCAUCGCCAAAUCCAUGGGCUGCUUAUCUCCAGAUACCAAUUGUACAAAUUGCACGACAGAGAAUCUGAUUCUUUGUCCAACACGCGGUAUUUGUACCAGUCUAAAACGAUGUAAAUUUCAUAAUACUCCACGGAAAUGCCUCCGGAACUGCCCUCAGCAGUUAUGCCAUUUAGUGCGCGACGGGAUUAUUCGGUACCAUCGCUUCUCUGGGCCGUCUUGGAAAAAUACAAAAGCAGAGGGAUGGCAUGCUGAUCAUUGGGAAAUUGGAAAAUGCUAUCUACCGCCGGAUGGCUACAAAGACGUGUCUUCUUCCAUAGAAAGCGACUUCAAUGCCUUAAUAAAUGUGUUGAUUAACUGCACAGAGUUUGAGACAAAACUGUCCAUCGAUUUCACAAGCUCGUCCAACUUGUUGACCAAGAUACGCGAAUAUGGAAGAAACAUUCGACAUUCUCCUGACCAGAAAAUGAAAGACAUCGAGUUAAAUAACUUGUUCCAGAAACUAACUUCGUUGCUUGAGGAUUCAGUCUGUCUCCAAACAGAUAGUGAAGCAGUCAGCGCUGUUAAAAAUUUGAAAGAGCUUCAGAACGAUAAGCUGGUGAUCAGAGUUGAAGAUGAACAGCAAAUACUGUUUGAAGGGUUGCAGAUGCGCUUGGCAAAGUACUACCAAAGAGUGUUCAACUCGUCACUAUUGUGUUCGCUACUGCCAAACAGAGACAGCAAUCCAGACAAGUUGUUCGUAACGCCAAAGCUAAUAGAACGUGACCACCGAAAGAUUGGAAAGCACGGCGAGCAUUUAAUGCGCUUAUCAGUUACCACAUACAGGGACAUCUUCUUUGAAGGCAGUAGUAAAUGCAGCAAUGUGUAUUUGAUUGGCGAACCAGGAAUGGGAAAGACAACUUUAACCAUUAAGUGCUGUCUUGAAUGGAGCGCCCAACACUUGAGAGAAGAAGGAACUUUGGACGAACUCACGGAUAUGGCAGGCAAUGGACAUAUAUCAUUCGCAGAUGCUGAUAUCUUUAAAGAUAUUGACUUUGUUUUUCGUAUUGCUCUGAAGGAGCAAAACAUGCCAGCUCGUUAAAAUGAUAAAGGAGCAAUUGCUGUUCAAGAUAUACCACGACAAAGACAUAAAGGAAGCGUAUGAUCUCUUACAAACUGUCCUGGAAACUAAACGCUGUGUCAUUAUCGCUGACGGUCUUGACGAGUGGUCACAUCCUUCUGAUAAGGAUUGCAGCUGUUCGGACGAAGAAAAAGUUGUCCCGUUCCGAAAUUUUGCCAAUAAUGCUAUCCUGUUAACAACGUCGCGACCUUGGAGAUUGUCACAGUUUCGGAUUAAGGACUCAAAUAUAGACAAAUAUCUUGAAAUUCAAGGCGCAGUUGAUCCGUCUAGCCUUGUUGAAAAGGUGGUCAAUUGUCUGAAUGGAGAAACAGGAACGAAAACCUCUGUACAAUUUAUGGAAUUUGUUCGAGAAAAGGGAGUUGAAAAGUUACUUCCAAUACCAAUUAUUCUGAUGCAGCUGGUUUGUUUGUGGUACGAAGAGUUCAAUGUGUCCAACUCCAUCUGCAAUAUUUAUGCAAGCAUGAUCAGUAUGCUCUUUGGGAAAAUUAGAGUCGACAACAGACAAACUAAAGUUUUGAAACACACUUUCCCAGGCUGUAUCCAAUGUCAAUGUAACAUUCGUACACAUGGGUCUCUUUUUAGGUUUCUGUCACAUCUAGCACUCAAAACACUCUUUACACAGAACAUGCAGUCAUCGAAUGUAUUUAGCAUCAGCUGUGUAACGGCUGUUCUCGAAGAGAAUAGUGGUGACGAACUAUUAGAACGUGCACUUGAAUCAGGUCUGUUGACUGAAGAGAGGCUAGACGUUGCAAAUACAUCAAACUUUUCAUUUCUGCACAAAACGUUUCAAGAAUUUCUUGCUGCGGUGUAUGUUUGCAUGAAUGAGGACUUGUUCAGUAAAACUAUCAAAACACAUUACAUGGAAAGACAUCCUGAGUUCAUAAUGGACGUUUCACAAGUGUUCAUAUUCAUUUGUGGCCUUAACAUGAAUUUAGGUGAAGAUAUGUCGAAAUGGAUUUCUACAUUCAUACCGCAAAAGUCGAUGAAAGCUUGUUUAUACGAUAACUACGAAUAUGAGCGAGCGAGGCCAAAUGAAAACAUCGUUAGAGCAAUACAAGGAAUGGUAAUUGAAGGUUAUAAGGAAGCAAUAUCAAAUAAUUAUGUGAACACUCAAAUAACAUUGAACCAUUUUUAUUUUGAUGACAUUCUUCUCAGCGCCGAGCGGAUGGAACUGCUCUACAAACUUCUCCUCAUGAACAAACAUCGAGUGAAAUCAAUUCAUGUUAGUGAAUGUAACGAUCAACUUGGCCAGAAAAACCUACAGGAUGUGCUCAUAAGCUCAAAGGACUCACUUACAGCAUUAACCUGCUGGGACCACUCGGGCGAGUAUGAUCUGAAAAUGUGCAAAUGUUUCAAAUAUUUGAGCAUAUGGGGCGAUAACUUGUUUAAAAUUGAGUUAAACGUGAAAAACCUGCUAACAUGUAAAGUACUGAAAUCAAGGAAGUCUGUUGAGGAAUCAUUGUUAAACAAAUUGUCAAAAAACGGUAAACAAUUGCAAACAUUCAUAGCAUACGAACUAAAGAAUGUUGAACUAUUUAGUAACAUUUUUCCACAGUUCCGCCAGUUACGAUAUGUUUGUAUUACAAACACUGACUUUAAGCAAUUCCCGUUCAUCCCACCAGAUUUAAUUAGCCGAAUAACAAUGAAAUGGGUGAUUAUGUCAGCGUCUGCCUUACGGGACAUGUUGGACAGGAUUGCAACGUUACCUCGGAAUGUCCACGUUGUUUUUGAACAUUGUUCAAUUCAACCGUCAUCAGAACUUAGACGUAUAAGACAACUACUUGACGUUUCAAGCAAUAUUAGCAUUGAGCAUUUUGAACGUAGCGCUACCGAUGUUAGCUUUGAAGUCAAGUCGAACGGUUAGCCUGAGUGUAACGCGUAAGAUAAGCAUGGCACUGUUACUGAACUUGCACUGUAUUUGACGUCACACAAGGACGUCAUUACAAAAAUCUUUACAUAAUUGAAAUGACUCGCAAGUAGCUGAUAAUUUAAGUUGGUUUCCGGACAUAAAUCUUUAUAGAACAAAUAAAAAAAAAUCUGAUGAUUCUUUUUUACGUAUUUAACAAUCGAACUAUUGUAAACUGAUACUAUUAAUUCAGUAAAAAACAGGACAAAAUCCGUGGUUGCAUUGGACACAUGAGUAAAGUAGUAUUACUAAAACGCCAAGAAAACCAUGCGGAAAUGCCCAUACUUUUAAAGACAUGGCAUAGAAAAAAUAAGACUAACUGAAAAAAUAGUAUGAAUUUCGAUUUUGUAUUAUUGGUUAUCAUAGACAAAAUGCAAGGAACGAUAAGGGGAUACAUACUAAUUAGAAUAUGACUGUAGUUCGGACUAGUUCUUGUGUUGUAGUUUCUUGUAUAAAGGUACAUCACGCCUCCAGCAUUAACGACGCAACACCAUUGGUCCAGGACUGGUCACGCGGUGACCCCAUAUUUUUCCAUACUGGGUCAUAAAAAUGGCGUCUAUUUUCCGAUUCCGAUGAAUAAUCCGUUGAAUAAAUGAAACAUUUAAACAUGAAAACAGGUCGACGUGAUAUAUACGCCGCCGCCGCCCUAUCCGCACGCGAGGUCGCAGGUUUCUGCGGCCGUUUCCCUGGACUCAGCUAGACCUCUACCGACGAUGACGGCUCCACCAGCGACGAUGACGGCUCCACCAGCGACGAUGACGGCUCCACCAGCGACGUUGACGGCUCCACCAGCGACUAUGACGGCUCCACCAGCGACGACGACAGUGACAGUUUCAACGACGACGGAAACCCGCGCACAGCCGGAACCACCUACCGCUACUACCGGUUCUCAAUAGGGGGACGGAGAAAAGUGUGUGACUGACUUGAAAAUUGGCACAUGGAAUAUUGAGGGGUUAAAAUCAUGCCUUAACGACUCAGAAUUUAUUAAUGCUAUUCAGUCAUUUGACUUAUUAGGCUUAUGCGAAUCAUGGUUAAAAGAUGACGAUGAAAUAAAUAUUAAUGGUUUUCAUAGUAUAUCUGUGCCUAGGCCGGAAAGUAAUAAAUCUAGACGGGGACACGGUGGAAUUGUGCUUUUAAUUAAAUCUUCGAUACUACCUGGAAUAACAAUUUGUGAAACUGAUAAAACUGGGUUUAUUUGGAUUAAAGCGGACAAGUUAUACUUUAAUGUAAGCGAUGACAUAUACAUGUGUUUUGUUUACAUACCCCCUAGCAAUUCAGUGUAUUUUCAAAGCCAUGAAAUAGGCUUUUUUGAACAAUUAGAGUUCGGGUUGAGAAAAUACAGUGAUAAGGGACAUGUUGUAAUAUUGGGUGAUUUGAACUCACGGACAGGCGAAAGAUCAGAUAUUUUAUCGAACGUGAAUGACUAUGAACGGUUUAUACCUACAAUAGAGUGUAAUGACUGUGACGAUAUUUUCCCAAUAAGACAUUCAGUCGAUAAAAAUGUAAAUACAUUGGGUAUUAAAUUAUUGGACUUAUGUUUAUCUAGCAACAUGACAAUAGUUAACGGUAGAUUAGGCGAUGAUGCGCAAGUUGGCAAUUAUACAUAUAUAUCCAAUAACGGAAAUAGUGUUAUUGACUAUGCAAUUGUGUCUCGGAAUUUAUUUCCCUUAGUUAAGAAUUUUACAGUUCAUGAUUUAUACAGGUUUACGCCUCAUGUCCCUAUUUCAUGUAUAUUAUCAAUUAAUAUGCCAAACGAUAUAAAUACAAAUGAUCAUAUAAACUAUGUUAAAUUCGAAUGGAGUCCAGAAAAUAUUAAUUCAUAUAGGGCUAAUAUUUCUUUUUGUAACGAGUUCCAUAAUAUUGAUGAUCGUCUGAUAAGUGGUGACACUGACAUUGAUAAUAGUGUAGAUACAUUUUCCACUUUGUUAUAUAAUAAGGCAUUUGUUUCAUGUGGUAAGAGAAUAAAUACUGGAGUUAAAAAUAAUAAUAGGAAAUUUAGGAAUCCCUGGUUUAAUGGUGAUUGUGAGACAGCACGGCGGGAGUUUCGAACUGCAAAUAAGUUGUAUAGGAAAUAUAAUACUGAUGAAUAUCGUAGAUUGUUGUGUACAAGACGUAAUGUAUAUCGUGGUAUUACAGGUAAGGCUAAACGACAGUUUUAUUUACAACAAAAGAGUGAUUUGCAUAAUAUGUCUAGAACUCAACCACAGAAAUUCUGGAAAGAAAUAAAGAAAAUACGCAAUAAUAAGCCAAAAGAUAAUAGCAUCAGUAAAGAUGAUUUUUUGAAUCAUUUUAAAAAUCUUUUUGAUGGUGAUGUUUUUACUAAUGAGGAUGUUGAUAAUUCUGAUGAUGAUGAUAUUGUUAAUGUUGAUCAGUUAGAUACAGACUUUACUAUAGAAGAAGUCACUAAAGCCAUUAGUUCAUUAAAACGAGGUAAAAGUGGUAGUGUUGAUGAUUUAACACCCGAAAUGUUUAUCGAUUGUAAAGAUUUAUUUGCACCUGUUUUAUGUAAAUUGUUUAAUUAUAUGUACAAUAAUUGUAUUUACCCACAAAGUUGGACUAAAGGUAUCAUAGUCCCGGUUCCUAAAAAGGGAAACCUCAAUGAUGUAAAUAACUAUAGAGGUAUUACCUUAACAAGUAUAUUCUCUAAAAUAUUUUCUAUAUUGUUAGAUAAUAGACUACGCCUGUGGGCUGAUAACGACAUUAUACUGAAUGAUAACCAAUUUGGCUUUAGAGGCAAACGUAGUACUGUUGAUUGUAUUUAUGUGUUGUCAUCUAUUAUUAAUCAGGUUAUUAAUACUGAUAAAAGAAAAUUAUACUGUGCCUUUAUAGACUUUCGUAAAGCGUUCGAUGUUGUGUAUAGAAAUGGUAUAUGGUACAAAUUGUUACAAUAUGGUGCAUCAACCAAACUUGUAUCGAUGCUCAAAAAAAUAUAUGAAUCAGUGAAAUCAUGUGUACGUGUUAGAUCACAAUAUAGUGACUAUUUUGAUAGUAAUAUGGGUGUUAAGCAAGGUGAGCCUCUUUCACCGUUGUUAUUUCUGUUUUUUAUAAAUGAUAUGGAAGAUAGUUUAAGUCGAGAUUGUAUUGAUACAGUCACUAUUGACGAAAUUCGUAUAUUUAUAUUGUUAUUUGCAGACGAUACUGUCUUAUUUUCAUAUACUGAGCAAGGUUUGCAGCUCUUACUGAAUAAAUUACAUGUAUAUUGUAAUACAUGGUGUAUAUCUGUUAACAUAGAUAAAAGCUUUGUAAUGGUAUGUCAAAAAGGAAACAGAACUGAGUAUGUUAAUUUGAUGUAUGACGGGCAUAAACUUGAUGUUGUUAAAAAAUUCACAUACUUAGGUGUUGCAAUAUCGCAAAAUGGUACAUAUUUGCAAUCACAAAAACAGUUGUCAGAACAAGCACUGCGUGCUUUGUAUUCUUUAAAUCGAUUGUUUGAUGUUAUAUCUUUAGAUAUACGUGAUAAAUUAAAGUUAUUUGAUGCUAUGAUAAGCCCCAUAUUGAAUUAUGGUUGUGAAGUAUGGGGUUUCCAUAGAGCUCAGCAUAUCGAGAGAGUUCAACUAAAAUUCUUGAAACAAAUUCUAAGUGUUAGACAGCAGACUUGUAAUGCUGCAGUAUAUGGUGAAUUGGCAAGAUUCCCAUUAUCAUUGUUUAAAAAAAUUAGAAUAAUUAGAUUUUGGUAUAAAAUAAAACGUUAUCCUGUGUCUCUUUUAUAUAAAGUUUAUAGUAUGAAAAAUAACAAUGGUAUGUAUAUAAAUACAUGGACACUAAAAGUGAAGGAACUGCUCGAUGAGCUAGGAUUUACUUUUAUGUUUGAUUGUGAAAAUGUUACACGACUGCAAUUAGAGGCUGUUGUAAGACGGUUGUAUGAUAAUUAUUUGCAACAAUGGUAUACGAGUGUUAGAAACUCAGAUAAAUUGCAAUCUUAUGUUGGUUUUAAACACGAUUUUGUCAUUGAAAAAUACUUGUCUUGUAUAAAUAAUAACAAAUUACGGAUGUGUUUAACUAGAUUUAGAUGUUCAGCACACUGUCUUAAUAUGGAAGAAGGGAGAUAUAGGAAUAUUAAUCGUGAAGAUAGAAAAUGUGUACAUUGCAAUAUGAAUGUUGUUGAAAAUGAGUAUCAUUUUCUUUUGAUAUGCCCAAAGUAUAGAGACCUUCGUGUCAAAUAUUUACCAAGAUAUUAUUGCCAAUGGCCAAAUAUGACCAAAUUAAUACUUUGUUAAGUACUGACAAUGUUAAGCUGUUAAAUAACAUAGCAACAUAUAUAUCGUUUGCUACAGAUAGAAGAAAUGCUCAAUUGUAUAAAUUCUAUUAUACCAUGAUAUUAUAAAACAUACUUUUCUCUUUUGAUGUUAUACUGAUAUCAUUAAAUGCCAUCUUGUAUAUAUGUUUUUGGCAAUGUUCAAUUUGAAUAAUGCUAAUAAAAUUUUGACUUGACUUGACUUGUUACGGGGUUAAUAUGUGAUAUGGGAUAUACGGGGCAAAGGAAACCAUAUUCUGUCCCACCCGAUAUAGUUACAUUUGCCCCGUAUAUCCCAUAUCGGGUCACCUACUAACCCUGUAACUUAUAAUCAUUUAUAUAGAACUGUUCUGUACACUAGUCUAAUAAUUGUUUUAUGUCAAAAGGUGCAUUAUAAGAUUAUGCUACUUGAAUAUAUACAAAAUUCAGGGUAAAUACAAAUGCCUGUUAGACCGCCCAUCACAAUCAAACCAAACAUUAUAAAAAUACACGUAAGAAAAGCUAAAGCUUUUCAUGAUUUGAGAAUUUGUUUGAGUAUUCUAGUAGUACCCGAAUAAUACGCAAUCGAAUUAAAUUUCAAUGGGACAUAACUGGGGCCAUAUUACAGAAGUAUCUUAAAUUAAAAUCUUACCUUUUACUUGAAUUCAACAAUUUCCUUAACUGUUUUAUUUCACUGGAAGAAAUUGUUAUGCUUAGUGUAUAUUCUGCAAUUAAAAUGUGAACAAUUAACUGUUUAAAAAUUAAAACUUUAUUUUUUAAGAUUUUUUUUUAAAAAUACAACAAUUCCAAAUGUGUUGAUCUAUUUUAAUAUAACUGCUAGUUCUUGAAUGGUUUUUCAUCAUUAUACGGAUUUGUCAUCGUGUAUAUCUUUUUUAUUCUUAUUUUAUGAGAUAUCGUUGCAAAUUGUUACGACUGCAUAUGACUUAGUUAUCUGAAACAAUGUCACUUAAUGCUUAGUACAAAAAAUGAGGUUGGACGAAAUUGCUGGGUUAUAAAUAUUAGAAAACAUGUUAUUUUUGUAUAACUUUAGAUGAAUUUGAAGAUAAAAAUAUAAAUAAUUCGGGAAGACAUGUUCAUUAUAGGCAUUUAAAUACUGUGUUAAAAAUUGUGUUAGAAAUAGCCUUUAAAGGCGUCCAAUAUAGGUUCAUGCAAAUCUUAAUUCAUAUUUUUUAUCUGUACCCUAAUUGUUUACAUUCUUUGGUUGUGAUCAUUAAAGUCAAAUGAGU